GUUUGUUGCUUCAGUGGGUUUUCAGCCUUAGAGGCUACCCAAAGUCGAUAGAGGUCGAUAGAGACCAUAGAGACCAUAGAGACCUUGUGAUGCAACCCAGAAAGGGGCAGGAAGUAGCCCAAGAAAUGAUACGACCUGAAGAAGAUUAAGGUGAAAGGAUGGAUAGAGAAGAUGAGGAAUAGAGAGCAGUGCAGACUGGUUGUAGAGGAGGCCAAGGCUCACCCAGGGCUGCAGCGCCAAGUGGUAGUAAUUCCAAUGCUCUGGCAGAAGGCAUAUGGAUUCCCAUCUCCUCUUUUUUGGGGGACGGUAUCUGUUUUGUUGGCUCUGCUGGUCAGAUGGUGGCACCAGAAAAGGAAGAGCACCAACAGUGUUCCUGAGAAAUGGCGCUGUGUUGGAGAGCUGUCUGAAUUGACUGUAUUUCCUAUAAAGUCAUGUGCAGGAAUAAGUUUAGAGGAAGCAGAAUGUACUGAGUGUGGAAUUCAGACAGUCAGUGACGGCCCAUUGAAACUAAGAGACAGAUUUUUCAUUGUAUAUGAUGAAAAAACUGAGGAGUUCAAGACGGCACGAACAUACCCUAAGAUGCUGCUUAUUAAUGUGACUCUGGAUGGCAAUGAUGCUGUGAAACUCUCAGCUCCCAAUAUGCCAGAACUCCAGAUUAAGGUCCCACAAGAUUCAGAAAGUAACAAACGUACACACUGCAAAAUAUGGAAUAAUGAGAAGGUGGAAACUGUCGAUUGUGGAGACACAGCAGCAAACUGGUUGUCAAAGUAUGUGCUGAAUCAGGAUUGCGGGCUACGUUUGGGAUAUUACUUGGCCGAUAUUAUGCCAAGAAGAGUUGCAGCUGAGAAGCUGAAGCAGUGUUUCAAGACAUUUAAAAAUAAAGAUUUGGGGGUAUAUUCAGACCUCACUAGCUUCAUGUUGAUGACAGAAUCCUCAAUAGAUGAUCUGAGAACAAGACUUCCUCCUCAUGUAUCCAUUAUAUCGAGACAGUUCAGACCAAAUUUUCUAGUGCGAGGGUCACUCCCCUAUGAGGAGGAUAAGUGGAAAUGGAUCAGAAUUGGGGAGACAGCUGUGUUCAAGAAUGUCAAGCCUUGCACGAGAUGUGUUCUCACAACGAUCAACCCAGACACAGCCAUCAUGGAGCCAAAACGAGAGCCUCUCCGUACUCUCAAGGGAUACCGGCAGUUGACAGAUCCUGCCAUGCUGAAGGUUGAGGGCUCUUCUCCUGCAUUAGGAAUACACCUGGGACUUCAUAACAGUGGUACUGUGAGAGUAGGUGAUAGCAUAUUUGUAGAAGAUGAGUAACAUGGGUGCUUCCAUUUUCUUUAAUACAGUGAAUUAAUCACUGAGCAGGAACAAAUGCUUAUAUUAAUAAUGUGGAGCAAACAGAAAGCACUCAUAAACAUGAUUCGUAUUAAUAAUGUUAAUCAGGGCCUUUAUAGGAAUCAAGCCACUUUCAAAUGUUCAUAUAUAGCAACAGGAAACCAAAUAUGUCAAUUAUAUAUGUAUAUUGUCAGGUAUAUGGGGUUAGCAUGACUAAUAAUAAUGGGUUCUGGAUUCA